CCCACGUCUGAUAAGGGCAAAUAAGCAAAUAACUCGCCACAGACUUGUUGUCUGUCUCCCCUUGGUUCUCGGCGGCUCAAGCAGCGACAGACUCAUCAUCGAGUUGUCAUCGAUUCCUCGUGGAGGUCUUGCUCGCGGCGGAGGUAUAUAUUUAUAUAUCUCAGGUGAAUUCAGACAUGGCAGAUGCCCUAUUUGUAGUUCUUAGUAAACUUGCUGAUUCCUUGGGAGAACAGACACUAGAGAGGAUUAGCACAAAGCUGAUUGAAGUAGCACCAGUUUUGACAGAUUUUGAGCAUAGCAUGAAGCAAAUCGAGGCUGAGCUAUUGAUUCUUCAGGCUUUUAUUGCACAGGUUGGGACAAAAGUCGGUGAUAAGGCAUUUGAUGCCUGGCUGGACCAAGUGAGAGAUGUUGCCCAUGAGGUAGAAGACAUCAUUGAUGAGUAUGCUUACCUUGAGGUUCAAGCCGUGGAUACUGGCAGCUUCUUUAAGAGGAAGUUCCUUCAGAUAAAAAAGUUCGCUGCAUGGCAGAAGUUUCAUAGCCAGAUCAGUCAUGUAGAAGCUCGAAUUCAGAGGCUAGGUGAAAUUAGGAAUCGAUAUGGCAUCUUGUCAGGUGAAAUAGACAGGAGUAAGAAAUUGAGGAGCCCCAAUCGGCUCUUUAUGUCAGAUUCUUCUUACUUAACUGAUAACUCUGAAAUAGUGGGGCAUGUUGAUGAAAUUGGAAGAUUGACACAGUGGUUACUUGAGUACAAACAAGAGCGAACUCUUAUUGCCGUUUUUGGUAUGGGAGGUUCAGGAAAAACUACUAUUGCAAGCAGUGCAUACAAGAGUCAAAAGAUCACAAGGACUUUCAAUUGUCAUGCAUGGGUUACUGUAUCUCAGACUUACCAAGUUGAAGAACUACUAAGAGAAAUCAUAAAUCAGCUAAUAGAUCAGAGAGCAAGCAUGUCAAGUGGGUUUAUGACUAUGAGCGGCUUGAGGCUAGUUGAGGUAAUACAAAGCUAUUUGCAAGAUAAAAAAUAUUUCAUUGUCUUGGAUGAUGUAUGGGAUAAAGAUGCAUGGCUAUUUCUAAACUAUGCAUUUGUCAGAAACAAUUGUGGAAGCAAAGUGCUGAUAACUACUCGGAGAAAGGACGUAUCUAGCUUGGCAGUUGAUCAGUAUACAAUUGAGCUUAAAACUCUUCAAUAUGCUGAAUCCUGGGAACUUUUCUGUAAAAAGGCAUUUCGUGCAUCAAAGGAUAACCAAUGUCCUGAGAACCUUAGGUUUUGUGCAGAGAAAAUUGUUGCUAGGUGUCAGGGAUUGCCCCUGGCUAUUGUAACCAUUGGAAGUGUUCUAUCAUACCAUGAAUUCGAAGAGCAGGGAUGGGAAUCUUUCUACAGCCAACUUAGCUGGCAGUUAGCUAACAAUCCGGAGCUGAAUUGGAUAUCUAAUGUUCUGAAUAUGAGCUUGAAUGAUCUCCCGAGUUAUCUGAGGAACUGCUUUCUGUACUGCAGUCUUUAUCCUGAAGAUUACAAGAUUAAAAGAAAAGUGAUUUCCAAGCUAUGGAUAGCAGAAGGUUUAGUGGAAGAUAGAGAAGAUGGAACAACAAUGGAGGAGGUUGCCAAUUAUUACCUUGUGGAGCUCACUCAGCGUUGUCUUCUUCGAGUCACAGAAAGUAAUGCAUGUGGAAGGCCGAGAGCUUUUGUUAUGCAUGAUCUUGUGCGAGAGUUAACCUCCAACAUUGCUAAAAAGGAGAAGUUUGGUAUUGCAUAUGGCGAUGCUAGUACAACCCAAGUUCCCCCUGAAGUUCGCCGCUUAUGCAUACAAAGAGAAGUGCCUGGCGUGGUCACAGAAUUGUAUAACUUGCGCUAUAUUGAUUUUUCAUACACAAAAGUGAAGACAAUACCAGCAUCAUUCAGAAAACUUGUCAACCUACAAGUUUUGGAUCUCAGAUUCACCUACGUAGAGGAGUUGCCACUGGAAAUAACUACGCUAACUAACUUGCGUCAUCUACAUGUGUUUGCAGUCCAUGAUUUUCAACAAAGAUCAUUGAAUUGUUUAGGCGCAACAAAAAUUCCUGUUAACAUUUGUCAUCUAAAGAAUCUGCAAGCUAUACAGAUCGUUUUGGCCAACAAAGAUUUGGUUUCACAACUUGGGAACUUGAAAUUAAUGAGAAGUUUGGCUAUAGCGGAAGUGCGGCAAAGCUACAUUGCAGAAUUAUGGAAGUCCCUGACAAAGAUGCCUAACCUGAAUAGGUUGGCUAUUUCAACAUGCAACAUGGAGGAGAUUCUUGAUUUUAAAAUGCUAAAGCCCUUAUCAAAUCUGGUUUUCUUCAAGCUUGCAGGAAAGUUGGAGUCAGGCGUGCUUCCUUUGAUGUUGUAUUAUUUUGAGAAGUUAACAUGGUUACAAUUAGACUGGUCCGGUCUAAAGAAGGACCCUAUGAGCUCCUUAUCUCACAUGUCGAACCUUGUUCAUCUGUUCAUGUGCGGGUCAUAUUGUGGGGAACAGCUAACUUUUUGUUCAGGAUGGUUCCCCAAGCUCAAUUAUCUGCAAUUAUCUAAAAUGGAGAAUCUGAAUUGGAUUGAGAUAGAGGAUGGAACAAUGAUGUGUCUAAAUAAUUUGUACUUAGUUGAUUUAGGGAAUCUAAAGGCUGUGCCCUAUGGCAUCAAGUACAUCAGGACACUGCACCAGAUGCAUCUGACAGAUAUGUCAAAGGAGUUUCUAGGAAGUCUGCAAGGAAGCGCGAGUCCCGUUGUUCAACAUAUAUGCAACAUCCAUAUUUUUGAAUCCUCUGAUUCUGAAGCAGUAAAUAAAUUCUUCUUUGAGCCAUACCUUGCCACCAAGUUCGGCCCUGGUGCAACUAAGCAUGCCCCUACUUACCUGGGAUCAUCUGGCAUCUGACAGUCGGUGAGAAUUCUUCUUCAAUGAACCAGCCGCGCAAUAUGCUGUUCAUCUUGGUGCCGGAACUUGAGACGGAACUGAUUGUUCGUGUUGUGCCUCGUUUAUGGCUUUUGAACCUAGCUAGUGGCCUGCUAUGGACUUCCUCCACACAGGUGUUGCUUAAUGGAUCUCCAGGGCAGCAUAUAUCUCAUCGGCGUGGGCUCAGACAAGAUGACCCACUUUCCCCAAUGUUAUUCAUUUUGGUGAUGGACGUUCUGGGCUUUCUUAUUACCAAGGCUGAGAAUGAAGGGUUGCUUCGGCCCCUUGCUACAAGAACUCUCCAUCACAGAUUCUCUAUUUAUGUUGAUGAUGUGGUUAUAUUUAUCCAACCAACAGUCGGGGAUAUCAGGACUGUACUGGACAUUCUUCAUAUCUUUGGGGAGGCUUCCAGGUUGCGAACUAAUAUCCAGAAAAGCAAUGUAUGCCCAAUUAGAUGCGGGGAACAAGACUUGACCUUACUGCAAAGCUUGCUGCCUUGUGAGAUCUCACAAUUUCCCUGCAAAUACUUGGGUCUACUUCUUGCCAUCAAGAAACUUACCAAGGACCAAGUACAAACGAUUAUUGAUAAAAUUGCCAACCAACUAUCGGGGUGGAAAUCUGAUUUGAUGACUAAGGCUGGAUGGAAGGUCCAUGUGCAGUUUGUCCUCACAGGGAUGGUCAUAUAUCUCGCAAUGGCUGUGGAUUUACCUCCUUGGGCUCUCAAAGCUAUUGACAAGAUCCGCCGAGGCUUUCUUUGGCGAUGGCGCAAAGAAGCGAGGGGGGGACACUGUCUUGUUGCUUGGGGAAAAGUUUGUCGGCCGCUUGAGCUUGGUGGGCUAGGGAUUUCCAAUCUCAUUGAUCUUGCUUGGGCACUUCGUAUGCGUUGGUUUUGGUUAGCAAAAACUGAUCCGGGACGGCCAUGGGCCUCCCUUGCUAUACAAGUUCCCAGCAAGGCUAAAGUUUUCUUCUCGGUGGCUAUGCAAACUGAAAUUGGUAAUGGAGCCUCUACUCUUUUUUGGUCUGACCGUUGGUUGAUGGGACACAGGGUCAUGGACAUUGCCCCAAGAUUACUCCAGAAUGUUCCUAAAAGGAGGGUUAAUAAGAGGACUGUUUUGGAUGCUCUCACUAAUCAGACUUGGAUUUCAGACAUACAAGGAGCUCUUGCUGUUGGGGUUAUUUCUGAAUACCUUGCUCUAUGGGAUAUUGUCACCUCGGUUCAGCUUAGACGCGAAGUGAAUGACACUCACUUCUUUCGUCUCGCCGCCAAUGGGAAGUAUUCAACAAAGGCAGUCUAUGAGGGUUUUUUUCCUUGGGUCGACGAUUUUUGAACCGUACCACAUAAUUUGGAAAACCCGGGCUCCUCCAAAGGCCAAGUUCUUCAUGUGGCUGGUCGCGACGGCUUUGGACAGCUAACAGGUUGGAAAAGAGAGGCAUGGAUCACCCUACGAGCUGCCCUUUGUCAGGAGCAGGCCAUUUGCUGAUUGGGUGUGUGUUCGCCCGAGAUUUCUGGUUUAAACUACUAUCUCAAGUUAAUCUCCAAAACAUGGCCUCUCAGCUUGUUGAUGCAUCUUUUAUGGGCUGGUGGAGAUGGCUGGGCAAUCAGAUACAUGGAGUCAGUGGCAGGGGAAGCAGUAAACUCCCUGGUAAUUUCAGGAGCUUGGACAAUAUGGAAACGUCGGAAUAGCUGUGUCUUCGACAGAAACAGACCUAAUGUGGCUCUUGCUGUCAGAAUGGCGAUCAAGAGCGAGAGAAGCGGGAGCUGACUGGGGCAAGAAAACUAUCCUUGCUGACUAGUCACAUCCCGGGUCUGUAGGAAUUUGUAGUUUUGGGUGCUUUAUUCAUGGAUGAGUAUCAGUAUGUCUGUAUUUGGCCCCCUGUGAGGUGGCUGUUUUGUAUUAUCUCUGUUUUUUUCUUCUUAAUGGAAUGAAACACAACUCUCCUGCGUUUUUUAGAAAAAAAAAACAAUUUGCAGCCACCAACAAUGCUGGAUUCAGGAAACAUCCGCCAUCUGUCUGCAUGGCGGCUGAAGCAUGGGUCUUGCUUGAAGAUUCCGUGUUUGCUGAAAACGGCCAGCAGGAAAACAGUAGACGUUUGGUUGAACAGGGUGCCACUGCCAGAGAUUUGAGAUAGGAGAGUGGCAGUGGUUUUGCUUGAGCUCCGUGUCACCUGAAAUACUUUGUUGUAGCAAGGCCUGUAGGAGAAUUUCUCAUUGUACCAUCGCUAGACUUGGUCAGUCUGUACUUUAUACGGUUAGUCGCAUGUAAACUGUGAGUUUACCAAAAAAGAAUUACCAGACCCUCACUACUAUAUAAAACACCAUUUUUCAUUGGUUCUACGGUUUUACUGUCGUUAUGCAUCACUCUUCCCGUUUAAUG